AUUGUCCUUCACUGAGUCUGUUUCUUUAUUUAGAUUUAAUUCUUCAUCAUGUCGUGGUUGUUCGGUUCCUCCAACACUGAGAAGGCUGCUGCCCCUGCUCCUGCCGAGUCGGCGCCCGCGGAAAAGCCCAAGCCAUGCUGCGUUUGCAAGACUGAAAAGACCGCCCGCGAUGACUGCAUGCUCUUCUCCAAGACCGACGACCCCACACAGGAGUGCAAGCCCUUGAUCGAGCAGUACAAGGCCUGCAUGGCUGGCUACGGCUUCAAGGUCUAAGCUGCACCAUAUCCGACUGCUGCCGGGACAGCUGCACAACGAGGAUGAUACAUAGAGUUCAGCGCAUGCAAAUAUGGUGUUCGGUUAUGGGUUUAUUUUGGGUUACAUGUAUUAUAUAGGUCAUCGUCCGACGUGGAGCAUCUCCCUUCUUGUGCAAUGAAUGUAUAUUAUCUAUGUUUUUAUGUUCUGGGAAUAUUGUAAGAAGAGAAGGCUUAAGCAACCGCUUUUGUCUCUGCCAGGCGCAAGAAGCACAACUCGCAGUCUAUCGCCGAUAAGAUCUGCCCAAGGCAGUCCCGAACAUCAAAAUGGGUAUCACGAGAGAAUCAAGUAGACUAUGAAAGGAAAUCACCGCCAGCAACCUCACU